UUUUAGAUUGUUGAUUAAAAUAAGCUGUUGGGGAAUGGAGCAAGAAGCGGUUUUUGAUGUUGGCGAUUUCGAUGAGCGAGACGUCUCGCUUACUGAGACACCUCGAGAUCCUUCGCAUUACUUGCAGCAGAAGUGGUUGCAGCAAAGACGAUUCCCCCCAAAAAUUGCCUCUUCUGCAAUAUCCGAAGAUUUAUUGUUCAGCUGUGAACCGCCUUCUGAGUGGUCUGUUACCCUGAGUGAUAAAUUUUCAAUGCAACGAUCUCUUGUUGAUGCUCAAAAAUGGCGCUGGAAGAAAGCUAUAGCUUAUAAAUGGCCAAGCUUAAAAGACCCCGACGAAUGGCGUGUAUUCUGUUUAGAGGAACGAACUAACUCAUUUCCAAUGAAAACAAAAGAUGUUCCAAGGUUUGCACAUCAUCGUGGUAAUCCGCCAACGUUACAACUCGUGUUCAGUAUGUCAGAACAACAAGUCAAUAUUGUGAUUCAAUAUCUUAUAGAUGUUUUUCUUGAGGAGGGCUAUACAAGACCGCUAUUUGAAUGGAUAUACGCGCUAAUGUUGGUACUGCAAAAGCCGUUAACGCACAAUGUAUGUUCAGCGAUACGUCAACUGGCUAAACAUUCACGUGUUUUGCGAAAUACAUUAGAUGAAGAAACGCAAACUGGUAGCACACUGCAUCAAGAAUUCUCACUAUUUAUUGCAAUUGUUGGUGUUUAUUUCGAGCAGUUAGAUAUAGCUGAUCAGAUCUCUUGA